AUGGCCACCAUGCAGGUCGAACACUGCUUCCACUGCGCCCACCACACCAUGGAGAGCGACCGUGACCGAAGUAUGCGCACGGUCCUCCUGGCCAACGAAAUUCGGAAGCGCAAGAGGCAGUCCCUCGAAGCCGCCGUCCCCGUCGCUGCGGCCAUGCUCGCCCACCACGCCCAGCAGCAGCUGCCCCAGCCGGUUGACACCAAGCGACGACGCAUCGUCGUGGCCGAGGUCCAGCAGCCGCAGCACGUCGUCGCCGAGCCCCGCGUGCGCGAGGAGAAGGAGCGCGCCAAGCGCAGCGAGCGCCGCGUGCGCAUCACCAUGAAGCGCAGUAGCUCACCCGCGGCCACGGCCACGGCCGCCAUCGUGGGCACCGCCGCGGCGCCCAUCGUGGUGGUCGACGACGACGAGGUCAUCGAGAGUGGGCACAUCAAGGCCGCCGUGAGCGAGGUGCUCGCGCAGCACCAGGCCGCCGAGCAGCAGCAGCUCAAGCAGAACAUCACCGCCGCGUCGGGCCAGCAGAGCGAGCUCCACGUGUACGAUCUGUACUUCUCGAAGGAGAGCCUGGGCGCCAUCGUCAAUCUGGUGUCGGAGUGGAUCCGGCUGUACGACCAGACGGCGUACGCGACGUUCACCAAGGAGGAGCGCGAGAAGUGGAUCAUCUCGCUGGUGCAGAUGAUCGUGCAGAUCCUCAACUGGCGGCUGAACAACUUCUUCAGCUCGUACUCGCAGUGCUUCAAGAUCGAGUCGUUCCCCAACCUAUUCUCGAAGAACUUCAAGGCCGACACGUCGCGCGUGGGCGUCGACAAGCUGGCCAAGAAGUGGCAGAAGCGCAACUACGAGCUGCUGCUCGCGACGCUCAUGUACGCCGAUCGCUACGUGCGCGCCCGCGGCCUCAAGGACAUCCCGCUCUUCCACCUGCUCGCCGUCUCGUCGCUCUGCACGAUCAAGCACUGGCUCGAGGAGCGCAACCGCCACGCCAACCGCCUCUUCGCCGACGUGCUCAGCCUCACCGUCAAGCAGGUCAACGCGCUCGAGCGCACCUUCCUCGCCGGCCUCAACUACUCCCUCAGCCUCGCGCCCGAGGACUUCCCCCAGUUCCUCCUCGCCCAGAUGUCCGCCAAGCGCGUCUAG